AUGUCUGAUUUCGUUCAUAGAGUGGAAUCUGAGGUAAGAUCAGUAUUGUCGGAGGCCAAAUCCGAUGUCAAUAGAGAACUCCCUACUGAGUACCCACACGUAUACGAAGAUCCACAUGUGGUAAAUCAACCACACGAUUUCGAAGCUGAACAAGAGUAUAAUCUUCACCAUCCUCACUCAAACUACUAUGUACCGGCUUACAAUGAGGAAGAAGUUGCUGUCAAGGAAUGGUUUCAAAAAGUCUUUGCCAACCCGUUGACACUCAUAAAGAAUUACUUGCUUUCGUUAUUUCCCAUCCUACAAUGGAUUUUACAUUACAAUGGUAGGUGGUUGUACGGGGACUUGGUUGCCGGUAUCACUGUUGGUGUUGUCUUGGUCCCUCAAUCUAUGUCGUAUGCCCAAUUGGCUGGGUUGGAACCCCAAUAUGGUUUAUACUCCUCGUUUGUUGGUGUGUUUAUUUACUCCUUUUUCGCCACCUCGAAAGAUGUUUCCAUUGGUCCUGUUGCAGUUAUGUCUCUACAGGUUUCAAAAGUCAUUGCUCAUGUUCAGGACAAGUAUGGCGACCAGUAUGCUGCACCAGAAAUUGCCACCUUUUUAGCUUUGAUUUGUGGUGGUAUUGCCACAGGUAUUGGUGUUUUGAGGUUGGGAUUCAUUUUGGAAUUUAUUUCGAUUCCAGCCGUCAUGGGAUUCAUGACUGGUUCAGCUUUCAACAUUAUCACCGGUCAAGUUCCUGGAUUGAUGGGUUACAACAGUUUAGUUAACACUAGAGACAGUACUUACUUGGUGGUUGUCAACACUUUGAAGCAUUUACCAGACACUAAAGUUGACGCUGCUUUUGGAUUGAUUUGUUUGUUCAUCUUGUAUGUUUGGAAAUUUAGCACCGAUUACGGUCAAAAGAGAUGGCCAAAGUACAAGUUGUACUUUUUCUAUGUUCAGCAAUUGAGAAAUGCCAUUGUUAUUAUUGUUGCUACUGCCAUCUCAUGGGGAAUUAUUCAUCCAUUGAAGGUUAAUUUUGAUGGUCCUUCGCUGAAAUUUAAACCUCCAUUUAGUACCAUUGGUACUGUUCCUAGAGGGCUUAGACACGUUGGUGUUUUCCAUCCUCCUCAAGGUAUCAUUAGCGCUAUGGCUUCGGAAAUCCCCGUGUCAACUGUUAUCUUGUUGUUGGAGCAUAUUGCCAUCUCCAAAUCAUUUGGUAGAAUCAAUGAUUACAAGGUCAUUCCAGAUCAAGAGGUCAUUGCAAUUGGUGUCAACAACUUGAUUGGUACCUUCUUUAGUGCCUACCCUGCUACUGGUUCGUUUUCUAGAUCUGCAUUAAAGGCAAAAUGUGGUGUUAGAACUCCUUUGGCAGGUAUUUUCACCGGUGCUGUUGUCUUGUUGGCCUUGUAUGCUUUGACAUCGGCAUUCUACUAUAUCCCCAAAGCAGUCUUGAGUGCGGUUAUCAUCCAUGCCGUUUCUGAUCUUAUUGCCAACUACAAGAUUACCUGGUCAUUCUGGAAGAUCAGUCCUAUUGAUUGUGGAAUCUUUUUGAUUGCAGUUAUCUUGACCGUUUUUGUCACCAUUGAAGCUGGUAUUUACUUUGCCAUUGCUGCAUCUGUUGUUGUUUUGUUAUUUAGAAUUGCCAUUCCAAACGGGUUGUUUUUGGGAAGAGUACAAGUUGCUGAGCUUGUAAAUCCAAUCAUUGAUGAACUGAACUCAUAUGAUGAUGAAUCAAACUCAAGUGGUUCUUCCGACGUUGAAAUUCACCAAGUGUUUUCAGGGGGUUCAAACUACAGAUCCACUGACGAUAAAGUGAGGAAGAAGUCUGAGGUGGUUGAACGUAGGACAACCACCAAGGAGUUGGAAAAACAAAACCCAAGAAUCAAGUUCCAUACUCGGUGGGUGCCAUUAAACCACAAGAACAUAAAUAGCGACAUCCAAGUUUCUCCACCACCACCAGGUGUCAUUGUUUUCAAACCAGUUGAAUCGUUUGCUUAUCCUAAUGCAUCGCGUCAAAUUGAUAGGGUUUCAGAUGAGGCCAAGAGGAUCACGAGAAGAGCCAAACCUUAUAGCUACACCGAUACUGGAUCUAGGCCGUGGAAUGAUCCUGGCCCAUUGAAGUGGAACUUGCCAUUCUUACGGAAAUACAAUAAGGAAGAGAAGAUUGAAGAGGACACACGUCCAAUUUUGCGUAUAGUGCACUUCGAUUUCUCCACUGUUGCCCAAAUUGAUAUGACUUCGGUGCAAGCUUUAGUCGACUUGAGGAAAGCUUUGAAUACAUAUGCUGAUCGUGAAGUUGAGUUUCACUUUUCGGGUAUUUUGAGUCCUUGGAUCAGGAGGGCAUUGUUGAAUGCCGGAUUUGGUACUUAUGAAGAUGGAUUGACGUCGGCUAACAAUUACGUCAACAUUGCUACGGGCUAUACCGAUAUUGAGAAUGGUGUUGAUGAGGAGUAUGUAGCCGCUGUUGGUACAAACACACCGUUUUUCCAUUUAGAUAUACCAAACUACGAAUAG